AUGGCGUCUAAAGCUAAGAAAAUGUCCAUUGACUACAGUAACAAUCCAGCCAUUGCCAACUUUGUAGAAUAUUUGAGAAUACCAAGUGUUCAGCCUAACAUCAAUUAUGAUGACUGCGUGAAUUUCCUCGAAAAGCAGGCAAAAGGCUUGGGUUUGGAGUUCAACGUGUACGAAAUAGUUCCUAAGAAGCCUAUAGUAGUUAUGACAUGGGUUGGCCAAAAUCCUACGAUCGGCUCAAUCUUACUCAAUUCACAUAUGGAUGUUGUGCCCGUUUUUGAGGAAAGCUGGACAUUUCCACCGUUCAGCGGUCACAUUGACAAAGAAGGCAAGAUCUACGCGCGCGGCUCUCAAGACAUGAAAUGCGUCGGAAUCCAAUACAUAGAAGCCGUUCGAAAGCUCAAGAGAGCAAAUGUUCACUUGAAGAGGACCCUGCACCUGUCGUUCGUCCCCGACGAAGAGAUCGGUGGCGAGGAUGGCAUGGAAAAGUUUGUACAUACCAAUGAGUUCAAAGCGUUGAACGUUGCUUUCGCCUUAGACGAGGGGAUGGCGAAUCCGAGCGAAGAGUUCGCACUGUACUAUGGCGAGAGAAGCAUUUGGCAAAUCCACGUACACUGCACGGGGCAACCGGGACACGCUUCCAUUUUGUUCCCAAACACGGCAGGUGAAAAGCUUCGCUUCAUGAUCAACAAGUUCAUGUCCUUACGAGACGAGCAAAAGAGUAUUUUGGACAAUGACCGUAGACUCACGACCGGAGACGUCACUACCGUCAAUUUGACGCAGGUGCAUGGUGGCAUCCAAUCCAAUGUUAUUCCUGAAAAGCUGACGGUCGUGUUCGACUGCCGCCUCGCCGUUGCCGUGGAUCAUGACGACUUUGAAAAUAUGAUUAAACAAUGGUGCAAAGAGGCCGGAGAGGGUGUGUCUUACGAGUUCGAACAGAAGAACCCGGCCGUGGCGUGCACGAAUCUCGAUGCGACCAAUCCGUUUUGGGUGGCCUUCAAAGCGGCGGCCGACAAAAUGAAGCUGAAGCUGUCGUGUCGCAUAUUCCCCGGCGGAACCGACAGCCGCUACGUCCGCGGCGUCGGCAUCCCCGCGCUGGGCUUCUCGCCCAUGAAUCACACGCCGGUCUUGCUCCACGACCAUGACGAGUUCCUCUCCGCCGAGACGUUUCUCAAAGGCAUCGAUAUAUACACACAGCUGUUACCCGCCGUCGCUAACGCCUGA